AUGAGUGGCGAGUGGGUGUACCCAGGCCAGAUCCUGAUCGGGGCUGUUUGGGUCCUUGCAACUGCCACUGAGGGGCCUGCUGGAGAUGCGCCGGUGAGGACCACCAGGCUGGGAUGGGUCCAGGGGAAGCAAGCCACUGUGCUGGGAAGCACCAUGCCUGUGAAUGUGUUCCUCGGGGUCCCCUUUGCUGCUCCCCCCCUGGGACCCCUGCGAUUUGCGAACCCAGAGCCUAUGUUACCCUGGAAUGGCUUCCGAGAUGCCACAUCCUACCCUAAAUCGUGCCUCCAGAACUCAGAUUGGCUGCCCUCGUAUCAACACAUUCUCAAGGUGCAUUUCCCCAGUUUGCGGGUGUCGGAAGACUGCCUGUACCUCAACAUAUACGCACCAGCUCGUGCGGACGCCGGCUCCAAACUCCCGGUCAUGGUGUGGCUCCCGGGGGGCGCCUUCCAGACUGGCUCAGCCUCCAUCUUCGAUGGGUCUGCCCUGGCUGCCUAUGAGGACGUGCUGGUUGUGACUACCCAGUACCGGCUGGGAAUGUUUGGCUUCUUCAACACAGGGGACCGGCACGCUCUGGGGAACUGGGCCUUCAUGGACCAGCUGGCUGCCCUCACCUGGGUUCAGGAGAACAUCAAGUUCUUCGGCGGCGACCCACGCUCUGUGACCAUCUUUGGCGAGUCAGCGGGAGCCAUCAGUGUGUCCAGCCUUAUUUUGUCCCCAUUGGCCAAUGGCUUAUUCCACAAAGCCAUCAUGGAGAGUGGGGUGGCCAUCAUCCCUUACCUGAAGGCCCCUGAUGAAGAGAGAAAGAAGGAUUUGCAGAUGAUCGCAAAUAUCUGCGACUGCAACGCUGCAGACUCCAAGGCCCUGCUGCAGUGCCUGAGGGCAAAAUCCUCUGAGGAGUUGCUGAACAUCAGCCAGAAAACCAAGUCUUUCACUACAGUGGUUGACGGUUUCUUCUUUCCUGAUAAGCCUCUAGAACUAUUGAUUCAAAAAACAUUUAAUUCCGUUCCUUCUAUCAUCGGAGUCAAUAACCACGAGUUUGGCUUCCUGCUGCCGGUGAAAGAGUUUCCUGAGGUCCUCAGGGGCUCCAACAAGUCCGUCGUCCUGCACAUGUUACACACAGCUCUGCACAUCCCCACCCAGUAUUUACACUUAGUGGCUGAUGAAUACUUCCACGAUGAGCAAUCCACGUUUGAAAUACGGAACAGCUUCCUGGACUUGAUUGGAGAUGUGUUCUUUGUGGUUCCUGGGCUGGUCACAGCCCGAUAUCACAGAGAUGCUGGUGCGCCUGUUUACUUCUAUGAGUUUCAGCACCGGCCCCACUUCUUGAAGGACAGGAAGCCGGCCUUCGUCAAAGCCGACCACACUGAUGAAAUCCGCUUUGUCUUCGGAGGUGCCUUCCUGAAGGGCGACAUCAUCAUGUUCGAAGGAGCCACAGAGGAGGAGAUGUUGCUGAGCAGGAAGAUGAUGAGAUAUUGGGCCAACUUUGCUCGGACUGGGGACCCUAACGGGGAAGGCCUGCCUCUGUGGCCAGCCUACAGUCAGGAGGAGCAGUACCUGCAGCUGGACUUGAACCUGAGCGUGGGACAGAGGCUGAAAGCGCGGAAGGUGGACUUUUGGACAGAAACCCUCCCCCUGAUAAUGUCCACUUCCGGAAGCCACCUGGGUCCCCUUUCUUCCUUACUCUUCCUUUCUCUGCUCCUGCCUUUCAUUCUCUCUUUUGCUCAUUGAGAAGUUAUCUUUGUGUGACUUUUGUUUCCCUUCUACUGUGAUUCCUCCCACCAUCACUGGCUUCAUUCUAGGUUUAGCUACUUUAUGGAAUCAGCUCCUUUAGCCGAUUCCAUGGGAAUUCUUUUCCACGUCAGAAAAAUGCAAUCUGCCUUGAAGGCCACCAGA